UACCCAGCUACAAACGACGUUGUGGGAGCAGGAGCACACGACGGGCUCACCUGCUUGUGGAAGUCGCUAUAAUUCGUGUAACUUCCCUUGAGUCAGAAGACUCCUAGGAUGGCACAUCCGAUCAUCUUCAUUGCAACGCUCACCAUGGGGCUGUCUCUACGCGCGGGAACGAAAAGUGAAAAGCACGCCCAGGAGCAGAGCUGGGAAGCUUGCAUUCGUCAUGAUCGCCGUACAUGUGAUAUGUUGAAAGAAACCUAUCCCGACGUCACGACAAUGUACGGCUUUGAUGGAAAAGCCGAAGAAUGCAGGGAAUUUCCAUGGGAACAUUUUUCCGAUAACGGCGCCUGUGGAGCGUUCUAUGACUUGUUCCACUGCUUCAAUACCUGCACACCAAGAAAUACUGCUCCUGCCAAAUGCUUCAAUGAUAAGUACAAGCCUUGCGGUGAAGCUGGAUGCAUAGAAACAGCGUACUUUUACGACCCCCACAACCAGAAAUGCAAAAAAUACAAAACUGAAGCUGAGCCGUGGAUUGCUCCUCGUAGUGCUAAUUGCUUCGGAAAUCGUCAGACUUGUAAAAGAGAAUGCAGGGGAUUUACUGCGCAGAACAGAAAAGACAGCUAUUUAACAAAGGAAAAUGGAAGCACGCUUCACAGGCCACCACGACAAGCAAAUUGAGCGAAAUUUAGGUUGCAACACUUGUACAAGAAAUUCCGAAAACUCCAGCGCUCCGCCCCGAGAUCUCUUCACGGAGUACAGUUCUACUUCAGAAUCUACCCUUAUAAGAAGGACACUGGAAAUGUUGGCAGAUUGUUAAGGAAUGGUAGACUCAAUAUCAUUUCAAGAAUGCCUCAACAUUUAUUGAACGUACACAACAAUACUUCAACAAUGAAGUUGUUGAGAUAUUCACAACAGUAAACUCGACCAAAUGUUGACCCAUUGUUGAAUGAUAUUAAAUAUUAUUUACCCUUUUUGAGCAAUAUUGAGAUUCAGUAUAUGUGUGAAAAAAAAACACACAGACAUAGAUGUGGGCGCGCGCUUUGCACAUAUAUUUUAGCAGCCUUUUAUUGUUCACCUAAUCACCACUAAAUAUAUACAGAGUGUGUCACCCAACUUUAACCAAUGUAGCCGUAUCUACCGAGCAGACAGAGGGGGGCACUUGCCCCCCGCCUUCCCGGUAGAUACAACAUUGCUUCAGGUUGCGUUACUUACUCCACCCUCCCUUCUAAGUGUGGCGGGUGG